AUGAUUAUAAUUCUGCUGGUGUCUAUGACAAUGGUGCUGCAUAAGGUAGGUGGCCAUGAGUUGGAGCCACCAGCUUUUCUACCAGAACUUCUUAACACACCUGAAAGACUCUUAAAUAAUGCCACAUUCUUCAACGGAGCCUUUCAAAAUGUGGGAAGUGUUGCACUGUUUUUUGACUGUCUGGGUUCACAUUUCACUUGGCUGCAGUCCAUCUUCACCAACUUCCCUGCCCUGCUCAAUUUUGUGAACAAAAUGAAGUGUAUUACUGGGCUUUGCCCCAGAGAUUUUGAAGACUAUGGUUGUUCUUGCCGGUUUGAGAUGGAAGGGCUUCCCAUGGAUGAAGCAGACAGUUGCUGUUUCCAACACCGCAAAUGCUACGAGGAAGCUGCGGAGAUGGAGUGUACCUGGGACCCAUCAAAGAUUUCUACGGAUGUUAACUGCCAUACUGAAAAGCUGAUCUGUGAAUCUGGAGAUUCCUGUGAACAGCUCCUCUGCAACUGCGACAAAGAUGCUAUUGAAUGUUUUCUGAAUGCACAUAUUAACUCUUCCCUGAAUGGCCUGGAUGUCUCCUUUUGCCCAUCUCUGGUUACAGAAACAACUAUCAUGAAAGAGGUGACAACACUUCACAUGGAGGAAAUCCUUCACCGUGGGACUGAUGAAUUACAGCAAGCAACUGCAUCCGUGGAAGUGAUUUCUUCUGAGCCCAGUGAGAUGGUCCUGGGAACUUCCAAAGAAGGAGAAAAAGAUGGAUUUACAGAAGCUGCAGUCCCGGUGCAAAAGAGAACCACCUCUCUAAUUUCAUCCCCAGAAGAUAUCAAUUCAACAAAAGACAAACUUGCCCCCACUGAGAAUAUUCCUGUAGGAACACCUGUGAGGACAAAAGAAAAAGAGACAAGGCCCACAAGAGAUGGCCAGAGCACAGCUUACUCUGGAGCAGCUCUCCAACCAAUACUGUCCAACAGAGGACCUGACGAAUCUGCAGGAAAAGUAUGUGAACGAUUAACCUUUCUGCAAGAGCGAGGAAAUGGGAGAGCAAAGAGGGAGCUGCCUCAACUAGGAGAAAUGCUGUUCUGCCUAACUGAGCGAUGCCCACAGGAAUUUGAAUCUUAUGGUUGCUACUGUGGCCAAGAAGGAAGAGGUUAUCCCACUGAUGGGCUGGACAGGUGCUGUUUCUCUCAUCACUGUUGUGUGGAACAAGUUAAGAAACUUGGAUGUCACACAGAAAGAAUUUCAAGAUCUGAAGUUGUCUGUCUGGAUCACAAGCCAAAAUGUAUUGGAUGGAGCUUGUGCGAGAAACUCCUGUGUGCUUGUGACAAGACAGCAGCCGAGUGCAUGGCUUCUGCCUUCGAACGGCCUUUAAGCGGCACAGAGUUAGGUGCUGGCAUUUCUAGCUCUGAGGAAAGCAGUGAAGAGGAAGGUCCACUACGAGUAAAGAGAGACACACCGUCCAUUUGGAAGCAUAAGAAUUCUUCAACAUGA